AAGUAGAGGGACAUAGCAGCUGGUCGCGUCCAAGAAACACGGAUAUGAGCACCGCUUCCCUGUCAAGCACUGUGAGCACUAUGAACAGAGUUCUGGACAUGAAUCAGAAGUCAUCAGGAGGAUCACGACCUGCUGAAGCCGGACCCUGAUGCUGCUCCUUCAGGCCUCCUCAAGUGCACCUGCUCCUGAUUUGCUUUCUUUUCUUCUUCAGUUCAGGACGUGCUGAGCAAAGACACUGGCAGUUUUUUUGCAUCGCGUGACCAGAGUGGAUAAUACUGGCAAAUCGUAUUUCAACACAUUUUGAGCCUGAAGCUGAAAUCAUGUGAUUUAUUCUGGAAUACCAUCAAUUCUCUGUCGGCACUGGUUUUUGCAGAGUUUCUGCCCUAGAUCCCAUCACCUAGCCUUCACAGCAUGUUGCUCCUCCAUGCCCACUGGAAUCCAAGUCUGAAGUGGAGCAGUAGUACAACCUGGAGUUUCUUGGAAAAUAGCGUGUGGGUCUGUGCGGCAAAAGAAAGGAGUUCUGGCUAAUCCAGCAUGGAUUUGACCUCUGAGGAGAGCUUAAUGGCGGGUAUUUCUACAGUUAUGCUAGAACUCCACUUCGAUUGUGCACCUUUUAACAGAGCCACCAUGUGGAUCUAAGUUUUUCAUCGUCUAAAGGCACCAGAUAUGGUGUCACCAUGCUGAAUGUACAGUAUUGAUAAAAUAGAGAAUGGGAAACAAACUCUAUUUGUAUUUUUUAGGGCAUGGGGAAGCCCCCUAACUUUUCAUAAAAUGUUGUUCUAUUACCUCCUUAUUGGACAAAUUUGAAUCCUGUUCUUUUUCCUGUUGUGUGCAACUUCAAAGUGACCCUCAUAGUGGUGGAGGUUUGAUUUGAUCAACUGAUUGUUGAUUAAGCCCAAGACAUUGGGGGCAAACACUGCAGCUGAAGGUCUCCGGGGUUAAGGAAAAAGACGACUUCACCUGUAAAACCACGGGAUGUUUUAAUCCAUUAAGUUCUUCAACACAAUUGUAGUCAAGAGUUUUGGAGGACACGCAGGGAGCAGUUUGGCUGCAGCCAGAGACCAAGGUCAAAGGUUAUGGCAGAACACGGGGAGUUGCUUGAAGAAAUGACCACUGUCGGGCGUCUGUCUGCCACGGAGCGGCUCAAGCAUGCCCAGAAGCGGCGCACGCAACAGCUGAAGGGCUGGGCCCAGAUGGAGAAGGAGAGCGCCCGCGGCGGGAAGGCUUCCCAGAAGGCAGACAAGGCCAAGAGGAAGGACAAGGACAAGGAGCCUGGCCGGAGGGUCACCUUCCCCAGUAAUAUCACCCUACUGGAGUCGGCGGCACGCAAUGACUUAGAGGAAGUGAGGGAACUGCUGAAAAAUGGAGUCAGUCCAGACCUCGUCAAUGAGGAUGGACUCACCGCAUUGCACCAGUGUUGCAUAGAUGACUUUGAGGACAUUGUGCGCUGUCUGCUGGAGGCAGGCGCCACUGUGAACGCCUCUGACAGUGAGCUGUGGACCCCACUACACGCUGCUGCCACCUGUGGACACACUGGGCUGGUGCAGCUGCUAGUGCAGUCUGGGGCGGAUGUGCUGGCAGUGAAUGCUGACGGCAAUAUGCCUUAUGACCUCUGUGAGGAUGAAGCCACGCUGGAACUCAUAGAGAUGGUCAUGGCAGAGCAAGGCAUCACACAGGAGCGAAUAGAUGAGUGCCGUGGGGCGAAGGAGAAGGAGAUGCUGGUGGAUGUCCAGGCUGUGAUAGACGGCGGAGGAGAUCGGACCUCAAGGGACGAGCAUGGGGCCACACUGUUGCAUAUUGCAGCGGCCAAUGGAUAUGUGUCUGUAGGGGAGCUUCUACUGGAGCACAGGUUCCCUAUGGAGGAGAAGGACAACGACGGCUGGACGCCACUCCAUGCUGCCGCCUGCUGGGGACAGCUUCAGAUGGUGGAGCUGCUAGUGGCUCACGGGGCCAACCUGAGCGCCAAAUCGGUUCUGGAGGAGACGCCCAUAGACGUUUGUGCAGACGAGGAGGUGAGGGCCAAGAUGCUGGAGCUGAAGAACAAGCACGACGCCAUCAUGAAGAGUCAGGAUCGACACAAGGGCACCCUGCAGAGACGGGCCUCCAGCGCCAGCAGCAGAGGAAAGGUUGUGCGGCGCGUGAGCGUGAACGAGCGGUCAAGUCUGUACCGGCGGGAGCACCGUAAAGAGGCCAUAGUGUGGCAGGAGAGGGGGCGGCAGCCCGAACCUCCAGACGACGACGAGGACAGACAGACCGACGCUGAGCUCAACAUGCACCCAGCGAUGGCCUCAAGUUCAGCUGCAGGCCAGGAAGUUAGCCAAGGGGACCGGCUUGUAGAUCCCGGGGUGCUUGGGAACGGAGGAGCUGCCACCUCCCUGCUUGGGGAGUUCCGCGUAGGGGGCCGCAUGGACCGCAGUGCGUCCUACCAGCUGACCCCGCCGUCGGCCGCCAGUCUGGCCGAGGGCGAGGGAGCGGACAGCAUGACCCGGGAGAAGUCCCACCACACGCUGGCCGAACUCAAGCGGCAGCGGGCGGCCGCCAAGCUCCACAAACACCCCGCGCCGCCUCCGCCUUUGCUCCCGCCCGCCGAGGAGGAGCCCGCCAGCCCCGCCUCUCUCGACCCCACGACGCCAGACGCUCCGGAAGGCGCGGUGCCUCAGGACGAAGCGAUCUCACCCAACACUGUGUACUUCACGCCGGCCAGCGGGGACCCACCCCUCCUCAAACUGCGAGCGCCGGAGGAGGAAGCGCCCAAUACCAAGGAGCCCUGCUGCGGCCUCAUGUAGAGAGAAGGGACAUGAACGAGACCUCGGCACGCACGCACGCACACGUCCAGUGAAAGCUCUGGAACAUUUUCGGUUAAUUUUGUUAAAUUGAUGUGGCACUGUCGCGCAGCAUCAUGGACGCACAACACACACACACUUUACACUCCUCACGCGCAGCAUGCCCACACAUGCACUCGUGCCCAAAUAAACAUAGAGCAUCACUACUGUAAAAGCAAAACCCAUAAUCCCAUGGCAAACAUGGACAUAUGCAGUGAUGUCUUUUUUUUUUUUUUUUUUUUUUAAAGACACUUGCACAGCGUAUGGAAUAUUGGAGGUGACAAAUGAAGACUGUCUUUAUGGGAUUAUACAUGGGAAGCGCACUUGAAACAAAGGAAAGCUUACGAAACUGCAUAGUUGCACGUCAGAGGUUGGGGAAUAAUGGAAUUACAUGGAGGAUUUGUUUUCUUUUCAUGCCAUUUCAACUGUGUUGUUUGUUUUAUGGGAUUUUGAUCCCAAAGUUCAUCCAAGCCUUAAAGACUUUUAUUCCCCAACAUAAACCUUAUUGAAUGAUGUUGAUCACUCUAAAGGCUACAAGGCCCAGGGCAGCUUAUGCAGGGCCAGCAUACACCGUCUCACUACCAAUUACAUCAAGAGCCUAACAGUGAAUCUAGCCUGAGGCUCGAGUCCAAGGGUCGCUCCAGAUGAGUAAACCUACGGUAUACGCCCUACGUGAACAGGAAAUCCGAGAUGUCAGAGAUCCCAGAAAAACCUUCCACACAGGACACUGGAGACAUUUUGCACUUUACUGUGUUAAAUUGAAGAAUGCUAUGUUGCAGAAUAGUGUUUUUAAAUAAUAUUUUCCAUGUGUGGCUUUAAUUGCAAAACAGACAAUCAUAUAUUAUUACACUUGGUUUGCUUGUGCACUUAUGCACAUGGCAAGGGGUCCUUUUUCAGUUGCUAUUUUGAUUUUGGUGAUAUAAUUAAUAUGAGUGAAAAUGUACAAUUUAUAGGGUUAAACGUGAUCUUUAAUUAAUGGAAGGUUUUUUACUCACAAUAUUUCUCUGUAUAAGUGCUUUCCAAGAUUUUGGCCCAACCCAAAAGUUUGUCAAAUGUUUUCCUAUGUCUAGAUUAUUUCAAAUGAUUGGUAAUGACUUGUAUGUGUACAGCUGGUGAAUUGAUUUGGUAAAAAUGUUGAUUGUAAUUUUUCUUUUUUUCUAAAAUGAGAUCAUGCCUGAUUUAAAAGCUCCGUUUAUAAUUUAUUUAUUUAAUUUAUUUAGAAGUGAAACUGAACACUCCAGUUGUAAGGUGGGCACAGAGCUAUGAGGCAUCACUGUACGCCUUACUCGUUUGAAUUUACAUUGCCAUGUACUUGAUGUGCUCAGAUGAUGUCAUAUGGACUGUAUCUCUCCGCGUCUGGUUCCCUCUCGAACCAGGCGGCAAGAAUGGGUCUCGGAUUUCAGAUAUAAAAUGCUAUUUUGAGAACUCCACUUCAGAUUGCAUAGAGCACUGAAGCUACCUUUACAGGUAAAUUGUACUUUUCAUGAAGCAUUGUGGUUAUUGAUAAAAGGAAAUGAUUUUCAAAUGAUUCUACCAAUCCACUUGAGUUGGUGUAGCAUUUGUGGUGUUCAAGAAAGUGAAUCAUACCCAGAAGGUACUAAUCCCACCCUCUUAUUCAGUUUUGGUUUACUGUAAUUAUUGGUAUAGUCAUAUUGAUAUACAUAUCUACCAUAACAUAUCUACAAUAUAUCAUUGUGAGCAAAAACACAAUGGCCAUAUGGAAUAACAGAUCUAUUGUUCAAAAAAUGAAAUGUGAAAAUGCUUUUUCACAUGUAUUUUAGAAGUGUGCUUAUAAUUAUGUGAGAAGUAGCAUACAGUACGUCUUGAACAUUUUCAAUUUGAUCAUAACAUUUCUUUAAUGAGCACCAAGCGUCAACAUUUCUAAUAGCUUACCACAGUGACCUGCAGUACAUGAACACAAUAAAGGCUUGAGAAAUUAAUUUGAUCAUGUGUUUGUUUGCAGGUUAAUAUUUAGUUUUCUUUUAUUAAAAAAUGUAGUUUAUGAUCCCAAUCUUUUUCGACCAUGUAAACCAUGGUGUGGUGAAUCAUGCCUUGACUCCAUGGUAUGAUACCCGUGACAGAAGCCCAUGGAACAUUAUGUGACCUUAAACCGCAUAAAUAACCCAUUUUUUCAGAUUUGUGAAUAUGCAGCCAUACAUCCUGUUCGACUCAGACACCUCCUUAAAACAA